GCGCCCACAUCAUGUGAUGUUGUUGGACACAGCAACCGCCGCCAGAGAAACACUGCGAGGACCAGUGUGGAAUAAAAUAUAUCCAAAGAUAUGUCCACAGUCCCUCUGGAGGAUCAGACUGUCCGUAUUGUUUUAAUUUAUAUGUUGGCCGGACUACGAUACUUUCGGCCCCUUGGUUUGCGCGAUAACUCGGGCUUUCCAUCUGUCCUCCAACUCCUGGCUAACUAUGUGAGCUCGUGCUAGCCCAGGCUGAAGCUGGGGUGCAGCAGCAGCGGAGCCACUGAGCCGACGAUCAUUUCCGACAGCUCCGUAUGGAUUUGACGUCGGCAUACAUUGUUGCUUGAUGUUUUUCAAAGGGCCGACCACUGGCGACUACGAAGAUGGGAGAACACUGUGACCUUAAGCACUUCGUUAAGUGUGCCGUCACUUUGGAGGGCUCAUUUCUCUGAAUUGGAUUAUUCUCGGCCAGCAGCCUCUUCAGGCCCACUAAUCCUAGACGAGUUUCUCAAUGGACACUCUGCUCAGGUCAGAGAUCAGAGAGGAGGGGAGUGGAGCCUCGGUGAAGGUUGAAGGUCUUUCCAAGGCAGCCCUAAUCAAAAGCCUGUCUCCCAGAGUGAUGCUGUCCAACCAUUUCUUGCCUAAAGGGACCAAGACGAAGGUCAACCUAGAGGAUCAGGGUCGUCAGAAAGUGUCCUUCAGCUUCGCACAGACCAAGAAGCCACUGCAGAGCCUGUUCUUCGUCCCUACCAGUCCUGACAAGUCGGUUGCUGAACCUCAGGAUGCCUUGUCACCGUCAACCUCAGACAAAGAAGGGCAGAGUACAGACAGCAAAACUGAACAAAAGCAGACACCCAUGGUGCCAACAUCAAUUGCAGAGAUUCCUCAAACACCAGUCCCCUCAGCCAAUAAACUGAAACCGGAUUUAGCAAAGAUGCAUUUCAAGAAGCAAAUUCUCAGUGUCUCUGUGAGUGAAGAGAUACCAACACCCAUUAUGCCUGAGGAACAGCAUUCAUCUGAUUUGCAAGUUUUGCAGAACAUGCCAAGCAGUGCAACUGAAUUCCCAACACCCCAGCCUCAGAAUAUCGUAUGUGUCAGUCCAUCUGAGAACGCUCACAUUGAAGCCUCUGAGACAACGGAAACCUUGAGCCUCAAGAACCCUGCUGCUUCCUCAGGAAAAGAUGGAGAGACUUCCAGCAGUACAGAGCAGGAUAGUAACGUAAACAAAAGGAAAACCAGGUCCCAGCCGGAUAGUGCUCCCCCUGGCUCAGAAUCUGAUGGAGAUUCAGUCAAGAUGUCUUCCAGUCGCAAAUCUGUUGACUCCAAAAGUAAAACAAAUGCUGACAACAGAAGCAAAGAGGUAAAAAAGUCUUCCUCUGGUUCACAUGUGGAGGAAAAGGAUAAAACUUCCUCAAAGCGGUCAGAAAAUCAUGAAAGGUCUUCUAGUUACUCCAAAUCAGACCGAGAUUCUAGACACACAUCAUCACGAUCCGCUAGAUCAGACAAAGAUCGCAGAAGGUCCAGGUCUAGGUCACGGUCUCGAUCACGAGGGUCUCGAACUAGUUCUUCUCACUCCAGGUCAGAAAGGUCAAGAGGAGACAGAGGAUCACGCUCUGAAAGGUCAUACUAUCAUGAUUCUGACCGGAGAUCACACAGGAGUUCUCCCCGCAGAGAGAGAAGAGGUUCUCGUUCUCGCACUGACAGAACUCGGGACAGCUCUGACUCCGAAGAUGACCAUAGGAAGACAAGGACAAGGACAAGUGACUCAAGUAGAUCGUCCGGCCAUUCAAGCUCAUAUAAAGAGUCAAAAUCAUCUUCUUACUCAAAAUCGGAGAAACCCUACAAAUCUGUAGAUGGUCCUCACUCUUCAGACAUUGAUAAAAGGACAAAGUCCGAAAGGACUUCAAAGCGAUUAUCAGACUCUGAUUCCCAGCGCAAGUGCUCUCCCGAUCUGGACUCCAAUUACCGUAAAUCUAGCACCCAUCAUAAGGCAGAGAGCAACAGCAAGUCCUCUUCUUACAGUUUGCAUACCCACUCUCAAACACAUGAACAAUGCCAAAAAAGCAGCUCAAGUGACUCUGAGGCAGAUCAUAAGGGAAAAUCACAGGCCUCUGACAAAAGCUCCAUCUCGGAGGAGAAGAGUGAAAACUCCCUAAAGAAAACCAGUAGGCCAGACUCUAUGUCUUCUUUAAAAACUACUGGACAUGAAAGACAAUCAGAUGACAUGCCUCAGAGCUCCGGCAAAGCACUGUCAUCUGCAACAACCACAGAAUUUCCUUCUCGGAGUGAAAAAAACUAUUCUGAUUCCCAUCAGGAUGGAAAUGAACAUACUAAUUGGGGUGUUAGGGAGAUGCUUUCAUGUACUGAAAAGAGUUUGCAAGAAUCCUCACCCAAAAGAGCGAAAGAAACUACAACAGUUCUUGAAGUUGAGAAUGAAAAUACCUCCGCUUUAACCUCAAGUGAAAGCCUAAAACAUAUUAAUGCCGCCCUGGAAAACUUGACCAAUGUGAAGGAUACCCUUUCUUUUAACAAUCGACCACAUGUGAACUCGAAUGCAGCUGUCUUAAAUUCAUGCAGUGGUAACGACAGUAUAGUUUGCAGCCAGGACGAAAACGUUGUAGUCUGUUCAUCAGGACCAAAGUGCUUACCUGGUGCAGCAGCUAUACUUGUCACACAUGAGGUCCAGCAGAACACUAAACCAGAGAUUGUUGAGCUGAACAAAGUCGAUGGACUGUCUGACACAAGUGUCCCACUCAAAUUGGAGUCACCACGUCCUGAAUCUGAGAAAGAGCUGACAUGUGGACAGCAAAGUAUUGAUUCUUGUAAAAAGAGCAGCAGUGCUAAAAAGUCCCGGUGGGAUAUUGUUGGGGAGGACACUUCAGAGAGUGAUUAUUCACAGAGGACACUUAUUGCGGAGAGUAAACCUACUGUUAAAAAAAUAGUCUCGCUCAAAAAAAUUGAGUUUUCGAAAGACAAUAACCAACAAGACUCUGACGUUAAAGAUAAUAUCCAACAAGAAACUGAAACACAUUCCACACUGGUAAAGCAGACUAAGACCUCUAAGCAGGAGGUCGGAUCUGAUAGCACAUCCUUGACUGAUAAAUACAAAGACAAAAGUGAGCCUUCACAAGCGAGCACCAGCAUUGACCACUGUGACUUAAAAUGGACUGUUCCCCAAAAAACAACCACAGAUGGGCCACCAUACGUAAAUGAUACAUUGCAUGUUGGUACGGCAACAGAGAUGAAGAGUUGGAAUGGAAAUGAUCCUGAUGAAAAAUCGAAGGUCAGUGAUCACAAAAGCAAAUUGACCAGGAGAACAUCGCUUCAUCAGGAUGCAUUAGGAGGACAGAGUGAGGCCAGUGAUAGUGACAACUCUGAGUAUGACUCUGAUUGUGGCGAGGCUAUAAAACGAUUGCACUCUGUGGUGGUGGUGCCAAAGAAUUCAUCCCUAACAAUGGAUACAGAGGAGACAGGAGCUUCCUGCAGUCCUGUGAAUAUUUCACAACUGCACAAUGAUAACAUAGCAGCUGACGUGAAUUCCCAUUCAGUAGUCCCCAAUCAAGUCAGCUCUCAACAAAGAGAGGAGGGUCCACCCUCUGCAUUAGGAGAAGCUGGUGGUCUAUCUACUGACGUAAAUGAUUUAUCCAACAGCACUAUGUUAUGUCAGUCCCAGAGCAAUAUGAUUGAUAGCACCAGUCACUCCGAGGGUUCCAGCACCGUCAGUGCCCUGCCUUACAUGCUUGGUAGCAUCGUUGCCCAUGGAAGUGCCACAGAUUCUGCCAACAGCCUUGAUAAUUCCCCACGGUGUGAACCCGGGCAGAAUCAGCCUACUUUAAGCAGUAGAGGUGAACGGGUGUACUCCCACUACCAACAUGGUGAUUUCUCAAAUGUUGACGAUAUAAAUGAUAAGAGUGGACUCAUCCUGGGUUGGGAUGUUUCGCAACCAGAGCAACCAAGUAGUACAUACCAGCAACCUGACAGCAGUCAUGAGCCACAGUUAGCAAACACUAAACUGACAGACGCCUCUCCUAUGGAACAGGAUCACGGGCAGAGUAAUGCCUUGUGGAAUCAUCAAUCCCCAAACAUGCAGGUUAGCAGAACACCCUUCCUUCAUGCACAAGAACAUUACCAGGAUCCUGCAGGUGAAAUCCAUCCCGAUUCUCUAACUAAUGACCAUGGCGACUACAGUGGGGAGAAAUCAUUAAAUCUUUGUAAAUCAGCUGUUGAAUGGAAUGGUCCUAACACCGCAGGGUCAUCAAGCUUUGUACAAGGUCAUGAAAUAAGCAGUAACAGCAGGGGCUCUAUUGUGCCUGACCCCCCUAGAGAAGACAUCUUUAGACCCCACAGAGGUAGGGGCCCUCCCAAGAAAAGGCGUCCCGAGAUCGAGUCAGAUUCAGACAAUGAGGCAGAGGCCGGGCCUGCGGGCAAAAGGGACCGUCAAGGAGAUGCUGACAUGCCUAAGGAAACACUUGUCGCUGAGGUGCGCCGUCCAUCACUGAAUCUGCAAGACUUUCAAGAUGCCAACAAAUGGAAAGAUUUUUCCAAGUCUAGAAAGAUGCCCCCUUACUUUGACUUGAUUGAGGAGAACCUGUACUUGACUGAGAGAAAGAAGAGCAAAUCACACAGAGAUAUCAAGAGGAUGCAGUGUGAGUGCCCAGUGCUCCCCAGAGAGGAGCGCUCAAGGGGAGCAUUAGCAUGCGGGGAAGACUGUUUGAACCGGCUGCUGAUGAUUGAGUGCUCAUCACGGUGCCUGAAUGGAGUCUACUGCUCUAACCGACGCUUUCAGAUGAAACAACAUGCAGACUUUGAGGUUAUCCUCACAGAAGACAAAGGCUGGGGACUUCGGGCAGCUAAAGACUUGACUUCAAAUACAUUUGUACUGGAAUACUGUGGUGAAGUGUUGGACCACAAGGAGUUCAAAACUAGAGUGAAAGAAUAUGCUCGCAUGAAGAACAUCCAUUACUACUUCAUGGCUCUAAGAAAUAAUGAGAUCAUCGAUGCAACGCUGAAGGGUAACUGUUCUCGAUUUAUGAACCAUAGCUGCGAGCCCAACUGUGAGACCCAAAAGUGGACUGUUAACGGCCAACUUAGGGUUGGGUUCUUCACCACCAAGGCCGUCGCUGCAGGAACUGAACUGACAUUUGAUUACCAGUUUCAGAGAUACGGCAAAGAAGCACAGAAAUGCUUCUGCGGUGCACCCAGCUGCAGAGGCUUCCUUGGUGGAGAGAACAGAGUUAGUGUUCGAGCCGCUGGAGGGAAGAUGAAGAAAGAUCGCAGUCGAAAGAGUGCUCUCACCACGGUUGAUGAGGAAUUGGAGGCGUUGCUUGAGAACGGAGAAGGCCUGUAUGACGAGAAACAGGUGGUGUGUCUUUGCAGACUGAUGGUUCGAGUGGAAACCAUGGAGCAGAAACUCAUCUGUCUCAAGCUGAUACGAGAUACUCAAAAUCCGUCAUGCCUGAAGCAGUUCUUGGACCAUCAUGGAUUAUCUCUGCUGUGGAUUUUCAUGGUGGAGCUUUCUGAAGCUAAAGGCAACAGUGCCAAUAACAUCAAACUGCAGUUAGAGAUCAUGAAGACCCUAGCUGUGCUUCCCAUCUCAACAAAGAACAUGUUGGAGGAGAGUAGAGUCCUGACCUUCAUUCAGCGAUGGGCCCAAACAAAAAGUCUUCAUCACCCUACUGAGAUGGACGGCUACUCCAGUGAGAACACAUCCCGUGCCCAAACACCCCUCAACACUCCUGAUGGGUCGUCCACCAAAAUGGGACCAGAAUUGGAUGCUGACACUUCCAAACCUGCUGUGUACCGCCGCCUUAAAAUCAUCAGUGAAAACAGUCUGGACAGUGCUCUCUCUGAUGCCAGCAAAGCUUCUGAUGGGAAGGAGGAGGACGACGAAGAUGACGAGGAGGAAGAAGAUGAAUCCUCAAAUGCAGGACUUCCUGAUAGCAAACAGUUGAAGGCAGACCCAGUUUGUGAAGCUGCAGAUCCGACUAAAGAUACAAUGGAAGAGUCAGAGGAGGUAAAAGAGGAGCAACAGGAAGAGGCAGCAAUGAGUUCAAGCAGCCAGGACCAACCUCAAUCUGAGGAGGUAAAAGACAAAAUAGAGUUGGAUCUGGAGAAGGAGGACAUUGAGAAGAAAGAGGACACAAGUGAGGGUCUGAAGGAUGAACUUCAGUUGGAGUCAAAUGAGACAACUGAGGAACAGGAGAGUGUAGAGGAGCAAACCAGUGUGGCAGUGACAGAAAAGACUGAACUGGAAAGUGACCAUUCUGCUGUAAAUGUUCUUGAGCCAGAGAGUCAGUCCGUCCAAACAGAAGUUGCUGAUCUUCCGUCUGAGCAGCCUCCAGAGCAGAUGGAAGCCCAGCCAGAGACUCAAGAGGCUGACAAAGGUGCUCUAAGCGGUGUGGCUCAACCUGAAGAAGCUACUACCGAUGUUCCUCCUAGCUCUGAGAUCUCAGAAGCCAGUUUGCCCUCUGAGGUGACAGUGGGCCCAGUGGACCCAUCAGUGAUAGGAACUCCUUCUCAGGAUGAAGAGGAAGGUGUCUCAGACGUAGAGAGUGAGAGGAGUCAAGAGCCCCAGCUCACUGCCUUGGACAUUUGUGGCAUGGCCGCCAGGCUUCUGGAAAGCUGGAAGGAUCUCAAGGAGGUGUACAGAAUACCAAAGAAGAGUCAAGUGGAAAAAGAAACAAAUGAUCGCAGUCGAGAUCGAGACACUGCUUUGACGCCGCGCACCACCUCUGGGAGCCGAGAACGUGAAAGGGAGCGAGAAAAGGAGAGGGAACGCGACAGAGACAGAGAUUAUGACAGAGACAGAGAUCGAGAUCGAGACUGGGACAGGGAAAGAGACAGAGAAAGAGACAGGGACCGAGAGAGAGAAAGAGACAGGGACAGAGAGAGAGACAGAGAGAGAGAUCGGGACCGCGAUCGAGUCUCUGACAAAACUCCCCGCAGCACUGAAAGACGGAGGAGACGCUCUGCAUCUCCACCACCCUCAUCCUACGAAAGAAGCAGCCGGCGCACUGAGGAACGGUUUGACCCAUCUACCAGCAAUAAGACACCAAGGGGAGUAGGUGGCAAGGAGCGCAACAAGUUGUCCACAGAGGAACGCAGAAAACUGUUUGAGCAGGAGGUUGCUCAGAAGGAAGCCCAGAAACAACAACAGCUUCAACAGCAGCAGCAGCAGCAGCUUCAAACUAUGGCCUAUGACCCUGCUUUGGCCUAUGCCUCCAGCCCAGGCUUCAUCACAUACCCCCCUGGAUAUCCCAUCCAGACCUUUGUGGAUCCCACCAACCCCAAUGCAGGUAAAGUACUGCUGCCAACCCCUCCAGUUGAACCCACCCUGAACUAUGAACAGACUCCUCCUCAACGACUAAUGUCAGACCUGGGACUGACUUCUCCAUCCUCCUCUUCCCAAGCCACACCAGUCGCUAAUCUCUCACAGCACAUCACCGCCACCAACCUCGCCACGGGAAACCCCCAGCAGUAUGCCCAGCCGACUGUAGCAACCCAGGAUGGCGGUGUAGCCGUCCUCCCUGUGCCGGCCCAGACAGCCCCUCAGGUACAGAGCCAGCAGAGCUACACCACUCUUUGGGACCCCACCACUCAGCAAGCAGUGACUGUGCAGACGCAGCCAGCGCAGCAGUAUGCCACUGCUCCAGCACAGGCCCAGACGCAGACGGCAAUCUACUACCAGGGCCAGCCAUGCCAAACCAUCUACAGUAUCCCCACCGCCUACCCCCAGGCUAACGCUCCAGUCAUACAGGCGUAUACUGAACCCACAGCCGGCUACCUGCAUGGCCAGCCGGUGUAUCCUGGCCAUCAGCAGGGAGUGGUGGUGCAGCAGGGCGGCACAGUCACCACCAUCGUAACAUCCCAAACUGUGCAACAGGAAAUGAUUGUACCCAACAAUGUGAUAGACCUGCCCCCACCCUCUCCCCCAAAACCCAAAACUAUCGUCCUACCGCCCAACUGGAAAGUGGCCCGGGACCCUGAAGGCAAGAUCUACUACUACCAUAUUGCUACAAGGCAAACUCAGUGGGACCCUCCCACUUGGGAUGGAAGUAGCGACAACACUAGUGUGGACCAUGAAUCUGAGAUGGACCUGGGAACACCGACCUAUGACGAGAAUCCCGACAAGUUCUCCACAAAGACAGCUGAAGCCGACACGUCGAGUGAACUCGCUAAAAAGAGUAAGGAGACAUUUCGCAAAGAGAUGUCCCAGUUCAUCGUGCAGUGUUUAAACCCUUAUCGGAAGCCAGACUGCAAAUUGGGACGCAUCAGCAACACCGAAGACUUCAAACACCUGGCUAGAAAGCUGACUCACGGAGUUAUGAAUAAAGAGCUGAAAGCCUGCAACAAUCCCGAGGACCUUGAGUGUAACGAGAAUGUGAAGCACAAGACCAAGGAGUACAUCAAGAAGUACAUGCAGAGAUUCGGCUCCGUGUACAGGCCCAAGGAGGACACAGACAUUGACUAGCCUCAGUGGCCAGUGGAGAUGUAACACUUGCUCUGCAUUAACACAGGAGAAGCACAGAUCGAAUGCCUUUCCGUUCACUCCUCCAUGUAUGACCUGGCCAGCCCGAAUCACGAAGUAGUUUCUUAGCUGUAUUUAUGUCUAAGAAUUGCACUGCUGCCCAAGGAGCUGUCCGGGCCCCGCGGAUCAGGGCGGAGCCCGUAAGAGACUCGAGUGCCGCUGAACAAGCCGAGACUCAUAUCGCAGUGUUCUCAAAGGAUGACACUGAGGGGUGCUACUGAGACUAAUGUUCUCGCUGACUGUUUGAUUUUAAGCAUUUGUUUUCCAUUUGUGGCUCUUAAUUCUUCCCGGGAUGAUCACCUCAGUUCCACUUUUUAAAACUCUUCUAGCCCUGAAUGAGGAGUACUCAAUGGAAUCAGCUUUGGUAUCAAGCAUAUCAGAUUUCUUUGUUACUUUCCACUGUCUCCUAAAUGGAUCAUUGACAGAACAGUCUGGUCCGUUCUCACCCGCCCCCAGCCUCCCUUUUCUUGUGCAUGUUUCACCCUCCGGCCACUGGCUCUGUAUCUGGUGCUGCUUUUAACUGGGCCGUGGAGGUCCAAGCUUCCAGUCCUCAAACCCCGCCUUCUUUGACCAUACAAUUCUGCAGCCUCUGUUGUUACAUGAAUGCAUGAUGUAGGCUGAGGUCAGAGCGAUAUCCGUACGGAAAUUCCUGCAUUUUCCGUGUCUCUCGCUUCAAGUAAAAUGCCCUUAGCGGGACAAGCUUUCACUCACGAUACGCGUGCGGGUCAGCCAGUGACUAGCAGGUUGGCAAAAGGGUUAGAGAUUAAUAUUUCUACGUCUUUUAUCAAUUCAUGUAUAAUAAAGGGAGCAGGGUUUGAAUGCUAUGUUUGAUGUGCUAUUCUCCUAGGAAUUAUGCUGAAGGUUGACGCGUCACAGUUUUAACAGUUUCCAAACAUCUUGUGUUCUCGUUCUUUUUAUCACUUGUUGGUUCUAAUUCGACACAAACUGCCACAAAUUAAUUUCCAAGCGUUUUACAAUGGUCAAGUUAGUCUCUUUAGCAUUAGGUUACCGGUUUGUUGCAAGACUAUUAAAUUGCAUUAAACCAAGUUUCAACAUAUGUACAUUGCUUUAUAUGUGAAUAUAUUGAAUAAUAGUUUUGGGAAUGUUUAAAUAAGCAGACACUUUUUGUAAAAGGACUAUCAUUUCAUGAUUGAAAAGUGUAAAUAAUGUGUAAAAUUACCAAAGCUGUACACAGGAGACAUGGGUCAGGGUGCACAGUGAGCCCACCCAUCCUCACCAGCUCAGCCCUCCUGAUGCAGUUACCACAUCAGUCUGUCAAACUUAGGAGCCCACUGACUCACAGCCCUCUAUUUUAUUUCAGUGGUGGGGGUGAUUUCCCAAGUUUUUUUUUCCCCUUGUUAUUUUUCUAUGUACAAAGUAAGUUUCACCCUACUCUACUGUAAGUAUUGUGUAAGCACAUUGUCAUACCGAGUGUACAAACAUUUUAAAAAGAUAAUAAACUUUUUUUGUAAAAUGAUAUCCCAA